GGGGGUGAGGUUAGGUGUGAUCCAAGGGCGGGAUUGGGAUUGGGAUUGGGAUUGGGUGGUGUGGUGGUGUGAUGAUGAAGGGGGGGUUGGGGGGGAACGUACAUUGUUUUUUGAAACGUACAUAUACACCUGCCUACCUUUCUUUCUACUAACGUACAUACUUCCUGUCUGUCUAUCAAUAAAGGAGGAAGGGAUGGAUGGAUGGAAGGGAUGGGGAGGAGGAAAGCUGCUUGCUUGUUUGUUUACUUGCUCGCUUUGCUGGUACCGACGGGGAGGAUAUGGCUCGAAACUUGCUGAUUAUUACUUGGCCUGGCGUGGCUUUGGGGCGAAAAGGGCUGUUUUUGAGAACCUUUUUCGCAUUAUAGGCGUUGAUUGUAUUAUGCUCUUCUUCUUUUUCUCUGAUUACUUUUUUUGUUUCGUUUGGCGGGCUUUGCUCUUUUCGGUGUAGAAUAUGCUUGCGGCUGUGCGGUUGAGUUACUUCUUUUCUUGCAAAGGGAGGUGAAGGGAAGGGGACAUGGGAAAGGCAGGGCAGAAUACCAAUACGAAUUGUUGUAUGUUGUUAGCUUUAUCUGAGGUUGGUUAAGUGGGUAGACAACGUACAUACUUCACACAUAGAUAACGACGAGGUGGGAGCAAAUCAAGCAUCCCCUGAGUUGGGGAACGUGUCGGCGCGGGUAGAAAUUAGUGA